CCCCGAUAACGAGCGCCUCACAUUUCCGUGGCAUUCCCAUUUGCUAGUGCGCUGCUGCGGCCGCAUGCCUGAUUGAUAUAUGACUGCAAUGGCACUUUUCCAUUUGACAUUCUCUCUCUCUCUCUCUCUCUUCCUCUCUCUCUCCCUCUCUCUCUCCCUGUGUCGCUUAAACAACAGUCCUAACUUUUGUGUGUUGCAAAUAUAAAAGGCAAGCCAUGUGACAGAGGGACAGAAGAACAAAAGCAUUUGGAAGUAACAGGACCUCUUUCUAGCUCUCAGAAAAGUCUGAAAGGAGCCCUGCGUUUCCCCCAAGCUGUGCAGAAGAUACAGUGAUGAUGGAUUGCAAAUGCAAAAAGUAAGACAAAACUCCGGCAUACAAAGGACAAUGACAACCAGAGAGCUUCAGCCAGAUCCUGCCCUUUCCUUGAAAGGAACUGGAUCCUAGGUGAAGGCAUUCCGAUUUUUAGUCCUCUGCCUCCCUCUGCUGUUCCUCUUAGGAAGUUUUUCCUUACAACAAUGAGAAAUCAUGUACUAGCUGCAUCCUUUUCUAUGCUCUCCCUGCUGGCACUAAUGGGAGAUACAGACAGCAAAACAGACAGCUCGUUCAUGAUGGACUCGGACCCUCGACGCUGCAUGAGGCACCACUAUGUCGAUUCUAUCAGUCACCCAUUGUACAAGUGUAGCUCAAAGAUGGUGCUUCUGGCCAGGUGCGAGGGGCACUGCAGCCAGGCAUCACGCUCCGAGCCCUUGGUGUCCUUCAGCACUGUCCUCAAGCAACCCUUCCGCUCCUCCUGUCACUGCUGCCGGCCCCAGACUUCCAAGCUGAAGGCAUUGCGGCUGCGCUGCUCAGGGGGCAUGAGACUCACAGCCACCUACCGGUACAUCCUCUCAUGUCACUGUGAGGAGUGUGGCUCCUGAGAUCUGCUGCUGUGUGGCUUCUGGAUGGGACAACCUCCUCCGUUUGCCAAGGCCAUUUAAACCAACCAGGGAAGGACUGGCAAGAAAAGAGUUAAAGCAAAAAAAAAAAAAAAAAAAGAUGCAGCAAUUCCCACAGGAUUCUGCAUAUUCUAGUAAUAAAGACUACAUGCUUGUUGACAGAGAUACUCUGGGAACUUGUUUUCCAUUCCUGUCCUCCUUUCCCCUGGUAAAAUUUCUUUUAGUUUCUUUUCAGAUUCAGGCAUUUUUCCCCUUGGCGCUGAAAUGUUGUUUGGGUUUCCAACAAUUCAGCACUAGUGGGAAAAAUGGGCCCCCAGGCAAGAGUGGGUCAGGCUCUCACUGUUUGGUGCAGAUUAGGGAAGCAUUCGCUUUGGAAAGCAGGAAAGCCCCAACUCUUUCUGGGACAUUGUGACUCUUUCUGGAUAUCGUCUGGUUUUUGUUAUCUUGUCAUUUGAUCUAAAGUUGCCAUUGCUGCUAAAGGUUACCAGUUUCAAAUUCCAAGCACCAAGCAUGUGGAAUAUGUUUAGCCAGGUUCACUUACAAGCCAGCUAACUGACGUUCAAAAUAACUAACAAACAGAUUCUUUAUGUGAUGCUGGAACUCCUGAUAGCUGUAAUUAUUACUCAGAAAUGACUUUUGGGAAGUAAAGACGGCAUAAGAAUUUGUCACCUGAAGGCUCUCUCGGAUUAAAAAUUAUGGUAAAUUUUGUAAGGGAGCAGACUUUUAAAGACCUGCACAAAUAUGGAUCCUGCACUGACUUUGAAAAAGGCAUAUAUGUACUAGUGGCAUGGAGAAUGCACUAUACUCAUGCAUGCAAAUUAAACAAUCAAGUAUGAAUCUAUUUGUGGGUGUGCUAUAGCGUUUAGCCAUGUGCGGGCAUUGUUCUCCAACAUCCACUUGUCCAUGUGAAAACUUGCUUGCCAAAAUGGUGGCCUGGCUCAUCUUCUGAACAUUUGGUUCAAGUAUAUUUUGGUCUUUGAGACUAAAAUUUGAGUUAUUCCCAUAUUGUGAAAUAAAAAGAGACUAUU